GGGGAAAAUGCCGAAGAAAAUUUCUCGACGGAGAAUGAUUUUUCAGUGGAGUGUCGGCUACCGUUUCGUUCGUUUCGAGGAGGGAUUUUCCACACUUUGCUCGGAAAUUCCCUGGUGAACCUUACUGACUUUCUUUUGCAAAAAACAGUGUCAAUAAGAACAGUCAGUGGAAAUUGUUCAAUUAGUACUGGAUCUAAUAAAUAUUUUAACUUGGUGCAUCUGAAACUGAAAUCUGAAAUAUUCUAGCGAAGCGUCGAAAUAUCCUGUUCAGAAUUGUGUUGAGUGCGAGCGUGGUCAAAAUUAAUACGAGUAACGAGUGCCCGGUUAUUACGUACAAGAAGCAAAAGCAGAAGAGGUUCAGAUGAAAAUUCCCGAAUAGGAUGAAAAGGAGCUGUGGUGCAAUGCUGAAGUGUGAUUAGUGUAUUGUGCUGUUAUAAGAAAUACAAAAAUUGACUACUAUAAUCGGCAAGACGGACUAGCCGUGCAAGCAGGAAGGAGUGCAACAACGUAGGGUCUUCUGCAGUGUGAUUUUGGUCACGGCGCAAUUGAAAGUUUCUGAACGGAGCGAGGAGCAUCGACAACCGACACAUCGAAUCGAUCGAUAUACACCUGUGUACUUUGUAUAUGUGUGUAUACCGAGUAGUGCCUGCUAGGGAGGAUUCGCUGCACGCCAUUGAAUAGAUUUCAGGUUUUUCCACGAAUGCUGUGAAGAAACCAAAUGACCUUGCGAUGGGUUAGCUGCAGGUGAGGUCCUGGGAUCGCACCGACUCAUGCAGAAUCUGAGGAAGGUGUAGUUUCGAAAUAGUAGUAUAACUAGUUACUCGACGAAAGACGAUGACGAGUUGGCGACUGCACACUUGCUGCGGGGGCAAUCAUCGAAUCAAGCGGACCGAAUCGAAUUCAACCUGUGAAAACGCUGACCUCGAAUCGACUACAUCGGUAGAGAGUGGCGGAUACUUAAUCGAACGACUUUUCGAAUCAAUUGACAUCAAAGAAGUAGUAACGGACUCAGUAGUACGAAGCUGAAUAAGAGGGAUGAGUGAUUUCAUGUAGCGUAACGGCCCUAUGGUGGGCGAACGCGACAGAGACCGUGAAGCGGUGCGCUGGGAAUUGGGCGAUUCUACACCGCCCCCAAUUAAUAAUGGCGGACCACAAAUGGUCGGUACACUGUGUAGUGGACAGGCUGUUGGACAACAACAAAAUCAGCAGCAUCAGCAACAACAUCUUCUACAGCAGCAGCAACAACAACAAUCAGCAACUCAGCAUUGGGUCGAGGAUGGGACGAUCGGCGUCGGAGGCGCGGGUGGGGGAGGCGGAGCACACCAGCACCAAAGCUACAGCUGCGAUGGUGCUUGGAAUAGAAAUUAUACUAGCGUUAGUGGUGGGAUCGGCGGGAGUGCCAGUAACGUCGGUUGGGGCGGAAGUGGGGGCGGUGCUGGAGCAAACGGUAGUGGGGGCUACGGUUGGGGCGGAGUCAGUGGCAACAGUGGUGGGCCUAAUCCUGGCCCUGGAGCUCCUGGCGGGAGCGUUGCUUAUGCAACUUCGAACACCAGCGCAUCAGGUACCGCUGGCGCCGGCGCCGGUAAGGAAGUACGUUAUGCCCCAUUUCCGGUUGCCACCUCCCCCACGCAUUCGAAUCCGGUGGCCACCCACACGGCCCCGGCUGCCACACUGCAGCGAGCACAUUCCAGAUCCAUGUCCUCCAUACCGCCUGAGCCGUUUAUGAUAGCGCGAUCCAAGGCUAUGAACCGUCGCGUCUCGAUUAACGUGGGCGGGGUCAAGCACGAGGUGUUGUGGCGAACGCUCGAGCGGUUGCCGCACACACGCCUCGGACGCUUGCGCGAAUGUACAACACACGAAGCGAUCUCAGAGCUAUGCGACGACUAUUCCUUAGUUGACAACGAAUAUUUUUUCGAUAGGCACCCGAAGAGUUUUAGUUCAAUUUUAAAUUUUUAUCGUACCGGUAAAUUACACUUAGUAGACGAAAUGUGCGUGCUAGCGUUUAGUGACGAUCUCGAGUAUUGGGGCGUGGACGAACUGUACCUGGAAUCCUGUUGCCAACACAAGUACCAUCAGCGCAAGGAGCACGUGCACGAGGAGAUGCGCAAGGAGGCGGAGAGCUUGCGACAGCGCGAAGAGGAGGAGUUCGGCGACGGCAAGUGCGCCCAGUACCAAAAGUACCUUUGGGAGUUGCUGGAGAAGCCCAACACAAGUUUAGCGGCCAGGGUGAUCGCGGUGAUAUCGAUCCUGUUCAUAGUUCUCUCGACCAUAGCUCUGACACUGAACACGAUACCGCAACUCCAACAUCAGUCCGAAAACAAUGGCACUCCGCAGGAUAAUCCCCAAUUGGCUAUGGUCGAGGCCGUGUGCAUAUCGUGGUUCACACUCGAAUAUGUCCUGCGAUUCAGUGCUUCGCCCGAUAAAUGGAAAUUCUUCAAGGGCGGCCUCAACAUCAUUGACCUUCUGGCCAUCUUACCAUAUUUUGUUUCGUUAUUUUUAUUAGAAACGAAUAAAAAUGCAACGGACCAGUUCCAGGAUGUGCGCCGGGUAGUGCAAGUAUUUCGCAUUAUGCGCAUCCUGCGAAUCCUUAAGCUGGCCCGUCAUUCCACGGGCCUGCAGUCGUUAGGCUUUACGCUCCGUAACUCGUACAAGGAACUUGGUCUACUUAUGUUGUUCCUGGCAAUGGGCGUUCUCAUAUUCUCGUCGCUGGCGUAUUUUGCCGAAAAGGAUGAGCCCCAGACUAAAUUUGUUUCGAUACCGGAAACAUUUUGGUGGGCGGGUAUUACAAUGACUACGGUUGGCUACGGGGACAUCUAUCCCACUACUGCACUGGGAAAGGUUAUUGGUUCUGUGUGUUGCAUAUGCGGUGUACUGGUAAUCGCUUUGCCUAUUCCCAUCAUCGUUAACAAUUUUGCCGAAUUUUAUAAAAAUCAGAUGCGUAGAGAAAAAGCACUUAAGCGUAGGGAGGCGCUGGACCGAGCCAAGCGAGAGGGCAGCAUCGUGUCGUUUCACCAUAUCAACCUGAGAGACGCCUUCGCCAAGAGCAUGGACCUCAUCGAUGUCAUAGUCGACACAGAUGAGCGUAAAACACGCGAUAAGUCGCUUUUAAAUUGGAAACGAUUGACUCAAGCGAUACGCGGAUUACCCACAGGACAUAACCUCUCACAGGCUGACGGGAAUAGUACAGAAGGUGAAUCCACAACUGGACGAAAUCCAUCCAAUACGGGGACUGGAUGCUAUAAGAAUUUCGACCACGUAGCCGCGCACCGAACAGACAGUGUUUCGCAGCAACAAAUCGCAGUACCUGACCAGGAAGCCGUACCACCUUAUAGUCCUGAAAUGCAACACAAACACUAUCAACAACAACAGCAACAACUUCAACAGAUGCAACAACAGCAACUGCAACAUCACAACCACCAGGCGCUGAUGUUAAUGGACGCUUACCGAGACGUUGAUUUUGAUGAAAACUUACCCCUAACAGGCGACGAUACUCCCUCACAGUUGCCCAACCAGAUGAUGGUCACGCCAGCGUACUUACAGGCAAGGAGUGAAGAGGAGGUAGCCGAGCUACGACGUCAGGUCGCCAUCGAAAAGAUACAAGCGCACGGCCUAAAGAAGGACAAAGUUGAAUCAGACGUUCCAACCGAGUUUGAGUGUUGCUUUUGUACUACAAAGGACUAUAAAGAGUUUAUCGAUGCUGAAGGGCUAAUGCCGCUUCCCACGUCAGACUUCCGCAAACCCGUUUGCUUAGAAAUGCGGACAAUUAAGAGUGCCCAGAACAAUGGCUACUUGGGGUUGAUGCCUGCUCCAGUGGCCUCGCUAUCAUACGGACAAAGCACGGUGACCCUGCCACUGGAAACACCACUUCGAAACGCAGUUCUAAAUACGAAUGGAACCUUCUACCAUAACAACAAUCACACUGGAAACGGAGGAGCGAAUGGUAUGGGUGGAGGUGCUGCAAUAAACUACAACAAUAACGCCGACCUAGCCAGUGUAGAUAGCUCAGAUACCUAUGCCAGUUGUCAAACCCACCCAUUCUUGUCACAAGGUGACCUCACUUCCGAUGUCGAUGAAGCAUGCGCUCUAGACAUUGAUAUGAACAAUCUGUAUAUAAACCCACUUGAAAAGGAUCCCGCCACCUCAACUGCCCUUCACAGUACCCCUCCGAUAUCAUCAGCCACAGGAACGAUUCGUUCGCAAGUCAAGAAGAGUGCAUCGGGCGAUACGGCUCUUCGAAGCUUAGGUGCAAGCCCAAUGGACGAAGGCUUCCAACAUUUCGAUGCUCCUGAGCGUGGAAGUCGAGUUAGCUUAAAUGAGACGCCAGUGCCAAAACAUCGGAAAACAAGAUUCCAGCAGAGCUCAAAACCACGAGCACGUUUCGAAGAUUCUAAAGCAUCUCAAGAGAGUUUAGGUGAAGGUAAAAAACGUCGUGCUUCCUUCAUGCCGGCCAAAAGUUUAGCAUCAGCGACGAAACUUAUCAAUCAGCAUUUGUUCGGUAUACAAAGUCUGGGAUCAAAAGCCAAACUUGAAAGCAAGCAUUCGUCAUCGAUUGACUCGAUCGAUGCUUCACCGAACCUCGAACAUCAUCGACGUUCGAAGUCGAUCCUGAAAAACAAAUCGGACGCAGCAAAGAUCCUAGCCGAUCCGGAAAGUGAACGACUUUUGGCUGACAACAUGUCAGGCUCAGGCAUAUCAGAUAAUGGAACUGUGAUGGGCGACACAGGUAGUGACUAUUCACCAAACAAAUUACCUCAUAGUGUUUUAGCCAAAUCUACAUCGCCGCCACCAUUAAGACAUCGAACACUCAUACAGCAACGCUCAGGUCCGGCUACAUUACAAUCAUCAUCGAAACCAUCUAAAUUCCAGGUACCCCGCUAUCCGGAGGAACAAAUGGCCCGACAAGGUAAGCCAUCAAUGUCCAGGUCACUGGGCUAUAACAACGUCGAACAGUUAACUAGAGAUUAUCAUGCGGAAUCCGUCACCAGAGAGAGUAGUUUGGAAUCUGAAACGGCAUUCAUAUCAGGCGGAAGAGACCGGGAUGAUGGCGGAGGGUCCAGCGACGAGAACAGAUCUCUUUUACACCGUGGAAGUUCAUACGAAAAAUCGGAAUCAGGAACAACAUCGUAGCACUAGCACAUAUUUUUUAAAACACCCGCACUAAAUGACUACUCUAUGUAUAAUAAGACAUCGAUAUUGAAAUCACUUUCUAUACCAAUUGACCAUUUCAACUCUGCGAGCAUCAUCAUCAUUGUACCAAGCCAGGGGGCCAUUGCGGACUCCUGCAACCACACCUGCAUAACUAUCACUUUGAAAGGAGCAGAAACGUAAAAGUACUAUGAUAAGGACUUAGUAUGUUCACACUAGAAGCGUAAAAAGGGAAACUACGAGACAUAAAACUAAGAGUAAGAUAAUGUAAAAGCAGAACAAAUCAAUAUCACACCGUUAUAUUCUAAGUAGGCUAUUAUUAAACAAAUAGAUAAAAUUUAAAUGCAACUAAAAAUUUGCAAGAUUUCUGUAUAAACAAAGAACAAUGUUUUUAAUACUAUUUUACAUAAUAGACAAGCGAGAUCCGUUACUUAUAUUCUUCGUAGUAAAACCAAACGUUUACAUUAAAAUAUCUGAAGAAGAGAACUUAAAAAACUAAGGAAAGUGAUAAACAAUUAUAUCUAAACACAUUGCUGCUUAUAUCCGCUUCUGAAUUGAUAAAAUGGCGACUUGCGAGUCACGUUGAGCAUGGACGACUAUAGGAAAGUGAGUGAAUAGAACUGCAAAUAUUAUAAGCAGAAUUUUAGGGGAGGUCAUAGCCUAGGACAACAAUUAUCCGAGAUUUAUUAUUAUGCAUAUUUGUAAUAGAAUAUAACUAGAAAUACUAAACUGCAGAACUAAAGAGUCAAUAGGAAUUUCAUUUUGAGAGCAAUAAAAAUUAUCCUUACCACAGCAAGAAAGGAGAGGAUUGUGUGACAUUAUUUAGGUAUUUCCGUAAUGCUGUAAAUUAUCUAUAAAUAAUACUAGCAGAUUUCGAGAAGGAGGGGUUACUCAGAAGCAGUAAUUAUUAUAUAAAUUUAACUGGGAGUUAGCGACAAGCUUAACAUCAGAGCAGAACAAAACAAACAAAUUAUGAUAAUGGUGAAAAGAAGCAACUUCGAAUGUAGGUCGUACGUUAGAUUUCGUGUAACUGCGAAUAGUAUGGAAACAUAAGUUCAAUUGUGUUCUACUUACUUACGGUUUUUGUGUCAGUUAAAGUGCUAGGAAGGCAAUUGAGCAAAACGUAGGGUUAAACUGAUAGCAAUGUAAAUACGUAAUGAAACCCGUUUACUUACCCUAAAACACUGUUUAAUAUUUUUAAUCUAGUUCGCGAAUGCAUAAUAUACACUACGUUGUAAUUUUAUUAUUGAAUUCCGUGUAUAUUCUCUUAAUUUAUUACAUUUUGUAAAUAUUGUUUCCAAAUGGACACCUGUGAGUAGGCUAAGUGCUUUGAAUUUCAACCAUUCGAGGGUAUCCGAGAGAUGCAAUGAAGUUUAUCUUUUCAUCCAGAGGCCAACAACAAAGGAACUUUCAAGUCUUAUUCUUACUAGUCCAGACGUUCUCUUCUGAUCUGACCUAUAACACAGCAAUAAAUCCAAAUUUUCAUUCAAAAACGUUCAAACCUCUUCGAAUUCAUCCAUUAAUUUGAUCCCCCAAUUUGAAAACAAUCAAAACUACUUCCUCAGGAGAAUAAAUGUCCUUUAGAUUCAAAAUUCCAGUGCCUGAAGUGCGACACCAUAAACCUACAUUCAAGUGGCCUAUACUUUCUGAACAAUCCAGAAGCUAGAACCGUUGAUAAGCAAACUUUACCGCAGAGGUCUUAACAAACUUUUCCAGGACAUCUCCCUCAAAAAGAAUCCUCAAAACUAUCAGAAGCAACCUAACUUUCAGAUACAAUUCUAACUUUAAUUCAGAUCGACCCAUUUAAGAUUUAAUACUCCUCAGAAACUAUAAACUCCAUUUCGUAUCUCGAAUAUUCAGUUAAGAAUGGCUUGAAAUAUAUUUUAUUUAAUAGUUAAGAUAUUUAUUUGGUAAUUAACAUAGAAUUGACACGAAUACAAAAGGCAAUGCAAUGUAAACGUUUAUUUCUUUCAAAUAUAACAAAUAUGGAGCUCUAAUGCGAUUGAAAAAAAAAAGAAAACAAAUUAAGCAGACUACAACUUAUUACUAAGAAGUUUUUAAUAUAUAAUAUUACAAGAACAAGAAAGAACUAUAUAGAAAUACUUAUUAAUAUUCAACAAUUAUUUUUAUUAUUAAAUCACAUUAAAUUUUAUGGCUUUUAUCUGUGAUUACUAUGAAAAAUGAUAAUGAUGAAGUGAAAGGAAAAUAUUAUUACUUGAAAAGAAUUAUUAUAAAAGAAGUUAAAAGUUAAAUCAGAUGAUAAAUAAAUGCGAAUAAAGAAA